AUGAACACGGGACCGGUCAGAGCCUUCGGCGUAGGCGAGCCUGACUGUGCCUGUAGGGCAGAGCCUGUGACUGUGCCUGUAAGGUCAGAGCCUGUGACUGUGCCUGUAGGGUCAGAGCCGGUGACUGUGCCUGUAGGGUCAGAGCCUGUCAAGCCUGGACGUGCCGUAGGGUCAGAGCCUGUGACUGUGCCUGUAGGGUCAGAGCCAGUGCCUGUAGGGUCAGAGCCUGUGACUGUGCCUCUUGCCUUCACCCUUCCCGAUCUAGCACUAACCCUGUUCAUCUAUGCCGAUCAGACGCUGUUGCUGCAUGUGAACAGUGAGAGGUCAGAGUUCAUGAGGUACCUGCAGGAAGUGGCCAGGAUGUGUCCGGACGACUACAACUACAUAUCCCAGGGGGCCGCUCUCUACUCAGAGGAGUAUCUGAGAGCCUGUCUGGACCAGAUGAGGAUGUAUCCCCAACUCUAUCAGAUCCAGGAGAUAACCAGCCUCACAGGAGGAAACUUCUCUUCCAGCCUCCAGCUCAACUUUGAGAAACAGCUGCUCACUAUGGGCGAGGUCGUGAUCACAGACCACAAAGUGGUGCCUAAUGAAGCACAGUUGGCAUUUGACUAUGAGACUGUUUCAUCAGACAUUCCUCCAGUCAAGAAAGCCAAGCUCUCACACUCUGGCGUCAGUACUGACAGUAAUGCAGAGAAGCUGAGUGGUCGGUAUGAACCCCAUGUUGUCCUGAGUAGAGAAAGUCUGGUCAGACUGCUGGACAACCACGGUCCGGACUUCACUGAUCCCUGGGAGUUACCUGUAGUGGUCAGAACCAACCCUGGAAGAGGCAGUAGCCAGAGUAAGACGGUGUACAUCGACCCUCCACUGCUGCAGACAGAGAUGACUGUGAGAGAGAGGAGUCUGCUGUUCCAUGAGGAGAGCAUGAAGCUGUCAGUCAACAAGACUGGAACCAAGAAUGUCUUCCAACUCAUGACUGAGACUCCAGCUAUGAACAAUCAACUACCCGCUGAGAGCUCCCAGAGGAUGCUGGUGUCGUUUGAGACUUCUGGUCUGGACUUUGGACUGGAUCUCACAGACCUAGAAACGUUUGGAGAAACGACUCAGUCCCCCAAGAGGCUAAAGACCCAUAAUGUACAGAAAGACUCGGUCAGUCAGCCUCAAACCAAGUCUAAACAGUGCAGUGGGGCCCUGGUUAAAGAGGUAUCUAAGGCCAGCAGAACCCAGGACGAAGAGGUGAACUUAUGGACAAACACGAAGGUGGUUUCAGAGACAGAGGGGAGAGAGCGGAGCUGUGCUGAACAAUCAUUGACUGCUACUGUCCCUUCAGCCAAUCAGCUGAAACCUGGCUCUGUACAGGAGGAGCAGGUAUCCUCCGGUGGAGACUCAGAAGACGAGCGCCUGGUGAUUGAUGACCCUGUAUCCCCAGUCUCCACCACCAACAGGUUACCCCCAACCACGGUGACCCAACUCUCCCCAACACAUCAACAUGACACCCCCCGAUCCCCCUCUGCCUCCUCACCACCACCCCUCGCCACUGGGACAAGGAGAGUGGCCAGGAAGGCUAAGGUACCAGGAGGCUGUGACCAGCUGGGUCAGAUCCUAGCCAUGCAGAAGGCCAUGCUCAAACCCUCUAACAACCAGACCCAGGAUCCAGCCAGACCCUGCUCCUUCCAGCCUGCAGAACCCCUCUCCAACCCAAACCCCCAGUCGCUGGUGAAGCCUUGUGUGUCCAACUACCUGGAGAGUACCCAGGAUGGAGAGACGUAUGUCGACGCCCCUUCUCAAUCUGGACCAAUAGACAACAGGAAGACUGUACAACAAAAACGGCUGCUGUGUGAUGAUCUCAUGGGGGGGCUGAGGAUGAGGAGGACUAUUCAUCUCCAGAGGAAGGAAACCUGCUGUAUAAACUGUACGGUCUACAGGACCUGCUGCUGCUGGUGCGGAGUGACGUCUGUCUGGCACACACUCGCAGGCUGGGCACCAGCAACAAGCUAGUCCUGUCUAUGUCCUGUCCAAGAUGGAGUACCAGCUUUCUUAUGGAGUGGAGAGUCUAACUAAGACUGAGGCCUGCCGGCUGUGGGCUAGACACAACUACAUCCAGCACUGUCCCCUAUAUAGGUCAUAUCAGUGCCCUCACAUCAAAGGUAGCUCUGCUCCGGAAGCUGCCAGAAAACUGGAAACACAACGCUUCCUGUGACUUCAAACCAGCCAAGUCCCUCAACAUACUGCAUCAUCUGCUGAAGAAGAUCACUGGGCAAGGAAGGGCGGGGCUGGAGAACCAGGGAAGCCGGGACCAAGUAAGGGGAAGGCAGGGCCAGCUAACCCCGCCUCCAG